AUGGUCACGAUCAACUCCAUGCUCCCCUCGGGACGGCGGGCUUCGAUGAAAGCUUUGAAAGCCAGCCCAACUCUUACCCAGCAAGGCCACCACCCGCAAAGAGCGACUCUGAACGACCUGCCACCAGAAGUGCACCUCCUAAUCAGCAAGCAGCUCAUCUACCCAGAUGCCCUAUCCCUCAAGCAUACGUGCCGCUACUUCUUCCACCUGGUCGACACGGGCGUGAGACUGAAGGUCGCAUGGCUGAUGGAGCGCCGAAGUCUGCAUCUCGAAUGUCCGAACGACCGUCGCUGUGACCUGCGGACCGACUUGCAGUUCUGUCGUGGAAGUGUCAAGCUGCUGAUGGAACGCCGGCGUGAGCACAUGGAGUGCGAGUCGCGCCCGGGCUUGGGGUGUCUGGUGUUCGGCACAAGCACUUGCUCACACAGGCGGAGCUUCAUGGAGCGAUGCAAGAGACGAUUGCGGUCCCCGCUCACCAUUGAGCUGUGGUGGAUUCUGCUCGCCAUCCUUCCUGUUAUCCUCGGAUCUUUCUGGGCUAUAGAACGAACAGAGUGGCAGCUCGGUUAG